GUGUUUUUGGGGGACUGGCCAGAACAUAGGAUAUUACCUAUUUUUUCUAAAUUGGGAACUUAUUUCAGUAACUAGUACCAUGGGAUAUAUUACUUGUUGACUAUCAUAUAAGACAAAUAACCACGCUUAAAACAAAAUAAACUGAUACGAAAAUAUUUGGACGAUUGGUUCAUAAUUAUGGAUAAGUGAGCGUUAUCCAUACAGACCUACCUGCGAUGACAUGCUGUGUAUAGCUUCCACGCACAGACUCUCGAUUGUCUCAACUAGUCAGCUGUUCGGAGACUGAGAGGAGAACAUCCGGAAGUGGCCUGCUUCCUUUUCCGGGGGACGGUGUUAUUCCAGCUACGUCGUUGUUAUCGGCGACGGUGUAUCACUCUUCAGGAUUUAACGAGAAACGGCAGCUUCACAACGGACGGCAGCAUUCAAUAUUCUCCUAAAUCGGGGUCUCUGGAGAGAUGACCAGUAACGGGAACAAGAGAGCCCCAACAACAGCCACUCAGCGACUUAAACAAGAUUACCUCAGAAUAAAGAAAGACCCUGUGCCUUACAUCUGUGCGGAACCUCUCCCCUCUAAUAUCCUUGAAUGGCACUAUCUUGUUAGAGGUCCUGAAAAAACACCAUAUGAGGGAGGUUAUUACCAUGGAAAACUCAUAUUCCCACGGGAAUUCCCAUUCAAGCCUCCUAGUAUCUACAUGAUCACACCAAAUGGACGAUUCAAGUGCAAUACAAGGCUAUGUCUCUCCAUCACAGACUUCCACCCGGACACGUGGAACCCGGCCUGGUCGGUGUCCACCAUCCUCACGGGUCUGCUCAGCUUCAUGGUGGAGAAAGGUCCCACUCUGGGCUCCAUCGAGACCUCUGACUACACAAAAAGACAGCUGUCUGCCCAAAGUCUGACCUUCAAUCUCAAGGACAAAGUCUUCUGUGAACUCUUUCCUGAUGUAGUGGAUGAGAUGAAGCAGAAGCAAAAGGUCCAGGAGGAGCUGAACGCCCGCACCCAGCCCCUCCCCUUGCCCGACGUGGUCCCCGACGGCGACCCCCAGCACGCCCACUAUGGCCACCCCGCCCUCAACGGCGGGCCGGCCCCCCUAGGCGGCGCUAACCCCGCCCCCGGCAUGCAGCAUGCCAAUCGGAACCACGGACUGCUGGGCGGGGCCCUGGCCAACCUGUUUGUGAUCGUGGGCUUCGCGGCCUUCGCCUACACGGUCAAGUACGUGCUGAGGAGCAUAGCCCAGGAGUGAGGGCGGCGGGGGGACUCCGCGCGUCUCAGGCUAGCGUCGAAGCGGGCUAGUGGACUACAAGUGAGAUAGACACACACCAAGGCCAGGUGGGAGGAUCGGCCCAGGCUGACAUGCUGACGGACCCCCCUACCACACCUGCCCCCCUCCCUCCUUCCUUCCUUUAUACCACCUCGCCAUGACGACCACUUCCACCAACAACAACAACAACAACAACGCAGACUUUGGAAGGUCGGGCCUGAAGGUGACCCCACCCCAGGACGGAGCGAAGGUUCGAAGGGGCAGUAGGACCCGGAGACUGAGAGGAGUUGAUGACAUUUGUGAUCCACUCUUUAGUUUUCAGAAGGCCAUCCCAGCAGCAGGAGAAGGGCUUGGCUCAUGGGUUCAUCAAGGGGUCCAUAUUGUAAUAUUUUGACUCUGCUUGGGGCUGUAAUGUUUAUCUUCUUCAUACAUGUGUUGUUUAUUCCAGGAAGUACCAUAACUAGCUGAGUAAAUGUAUCCUACCCUUGUACUUUUUCCUCUAAAAAUAAAAAAUUGGUUAGACCUCAACCUUAAUGUAGAGUAACGCCAUUGUUUGCACUUUUCUUUAAAUCAUUGAUUUUUAAUUGAUUUUUAAAAAAAUGCUGUUCUGUAUCUAAAAUUUCCAAUGGAUAACUAUUUGACAGAUUAUACCGUAUGCUUUAUGACCAUAAUAUACACAGUCUAAUCUAUAAAAAUAAUCAUACCGGACCCGCACUUCAUAAUCUCGAUGAGGUCAUGCUCUACAUUUUGGCUGUAAGUCAGGGUUCUUUCUGUAGCUUUGUAUUUAGGCGAUACAUAAUUGAGGUUACUCUUAUCUUCAUUUAAACAAAAUGUACAUUCAUAUGUUCAAUAUAAACCAAAUGUCUUGCAACUGAUGUGUGUUUGCACACAAUGCAAUGCUGGCCAACUUCAAUACUGCUGUGUUUUAAAAAGGUAAGCUCCUUCACGACCAUAGCAUGUUCUGAAGGAGCCUCGUGUUUUGGGGCAAAUACAACAUACAUCUUAUACUGGAGACCAAAUGUACAAUAUUCUCCGGAUCAACGACCAUCCAAUCAGUAUGAUAGUCUCGUCUCCACUCGCCUCUCUUGAUCAACCCAUGAGCCACGACAGUCCCUGUCUGUCUGCACAGAUGGUAUUAGAAAGGAAUACCUUUUUAAUUGGCUUAGCUGACCGGUAUAGAGACUUAGCGUCUUAUCUGGGUCGAAAUUAGAAGACACACAUGACCCAACAUGUUCUGGAGUAUGUUCUGUUUAAUCUUUAUUUUAUUUUAAUUUAUAAGACCUAGCUUUAGCUAGUAGUCUUGUUAUUUUCUGAUAACAUGUCCGGUUGUUGCCGUGCCUGAACUGAAUGCGGAACACAGGGACAGACCGGCGCGUAGGCUUGUGUCACUGCUUACGAAUGACUGUUUUUGUGUUGCAUUUAGUACAGAUGGCUUUUACCGUUUAUCAACUACUUUUAAAAGUUAAGAAUUGUACACAAGAAGACUGGCCUUUCUAUAGAAUAAGACACACUGUACGUGUGUGUCUGUUUGUUUUUCUUAAACAAAUUUCCAUUAUUCAAUUAACUGUGAAAAUGUAAGAUUUCAUAGUGACGAAUAAAUAACCCUGCUCGGCAGGACCCUUACAGAAUUCUCUAAACUCAUUUGGUGGUUCCGAUGGAUGCGCAUUUGACUUUUGGAAAUGUACCGUGAACACGUUAUGCGUUUCUCUCUAAUUGUAGAAAAUCACCUUGACAGAAUCAAAAAGGUUUUCAUUAAAUAAUUUACUUGGGGGGGUCUUCAUUGACUGAAUUGUGUGUAAUUGUGUGUGUGCGUUAACUGAACAUCACGUUGCUUGUACCUGAAGGUCUAUAAAUUAAAGUCAUUCGUCAGGUGUUCACGGUAAGUGGUUAGGGAGAUCAGCGAGUGAUAGCAAUCCCUUUAGGGCCCUCAUAAAAUGGGAACACAAGAGCUGCAUGACGCAGACAAUAGCUACAAGGGUAGUCCUGGUUAGAUUAGAUUAUUGAUCCCAGCAAAAAAUAUAUAUUUUCAAUCC